GCUCACAGGCCGUCCCGGGAACACGCCCGCCCUCCCUCCUCUCCAGGAUGAAAGUAACCAGUGAACACCAGAUACCGACAAAAGCAAAAACAAAACAAAACAAAACAAAUUACCCCCAAACGCUCUACCCGCGGUCCCCGUGUGUUUGGCGCCCCGCUGGCGUGCACUUUGUCACCUGGAGUGGAGCGGGGCAGAGUUAGCGGGACCGGACGGGACAGGACGAGGUGCUAGGCUCGGCGCCACACCCCUAGCAGCUCCCACCCAAGGCAGGGCGCUCUGUUCUCCCUCAGAAUCUCAGCAGAAACUUUCCUCUCUGUCCCCUGCGCCACCGCGAGUUGCUUAGCCGACCGCUGGCCGGGGACCGCGCCCGCCCUUUGCCCUGGAGACGCCCUUCGGGACGCGUACAGCCCUGCCUUCGGGGACUUCGGUCCAGCACGGGACCAGGUGGAAGGUUCCUACAGAACAGCCUGGCUUUCCGGGACCGUCGGUGCUUCCUGGAGUUCCAUGGAAAAUGGGAGGCCUCCCGAUCCUGCAGACUGGGCUGUGAUGGACGUUGUCAAUUAUUUCCGAACAGCAGGAUUUGAGGAGCAAGCCAAUGCUUUUCAGGAACAGGAAAUUGAUGGAAAAUCCCUGCUCUUGAUGACAAGAAAUGACGUGUUGACAGGACUUCAGUUAAAAUUGGGGCCUGCUCUGAAAAUCUAUGAGUAUCAUGUAAAACCGCUUCAGACCAAACAUCUAAAGAGCAGCUCUUCAUAGUAAAAUCAAGUUGAAGUCUCAGUUCUCAGGACAAAAACAAAAAAAGAAAAAACAAAAAAACCCACAAUGAUGUAAUUUAGUUUCAUGUUGUGAAACUUCGCAAACCGAAUACAUACAUGUGCAUAUGUAAAAAAUUUCGAUCCAACAACAUGUUAUCCUAUGGGAUAGACUAGGCAGUCCAUUGACUGGCCUGACUCAUCCUGGAGGAGCAAAACAGCAUGGAUGUAAGAUGGUUGUCCUUAGCCCAAGUCA